CUGAAAGAUAUUAUGUAUCCACGGCUUUAAUUCCUAAUUAAAAAGUUUAGUAAAUCAUUAGGGGUCCACACUAUUGACAUUUAAGGCCAUAAAGCACAGAGUACAAUGUACAUCUGUAAUUGGUAUACAGUAAAAGGCUAAAAAGGAUGCCCCUUGCUAAAGCUGAACAAGAUUUUAUAAAUGUUGAAGAGUUAAAGAAUGAUGAAGCUUUAAAAUUAACAGUAUAAAGCGUAAUUGCAAGCGCAAACGGUCAGGCUAAACUUGUAGAAGGCUGCGUUGUAGGGAAAUAUUGAUAUAUUCCAUUGCUAUAUCUAAAAAUGGAGAAAGCCAAAUCAGAUACCGAACUGCCUAAUAAAUUAGCAGACCUAAAAUUAAUGGAAACACAGUCAGAAGAGACAGAAUCUACGACGAGAGUUUUAAGGAAACGAAAACAGACGUCCCCUGAAAAUAAAUCCACUAAUCGUAGAGUUAGUAUGAAACCUCGUAAACAUAUUCCUGUUACUGAGACUGGGAAUUCUAAGCAAAUUGAGUCAAUAUAUCUUAAUAAUAAAAUUAAGAAGACUUCAUCUCAAACACUGGAAACAAUAUUUGAGGAACCAAAAAAUGGAAAUACAGAUUGUAACAAUGUAAUGUCAAGGAGAAAAGUUAAAAGGCUUUUAACAUUCCACCUAGGUAGUCACUAUACAAAAGAUAAAAUAAAGAGACGAAGAGAAAAAAUUAAAAAGUUAAGGGGAAAUGCAUUUCUAAGUAGAAAAAGGAUACCUAUGGAUGUAGUACUGGAAACUUUGGAAGCAUUACAAUCUGAUGAAGAGACUUCAACUAAAAAUAAAACAACUGAAAGUGUAACUGUUUAAUUCCUGAACUGUUUACCUCUUUGUAAAUAACCUUUAAUACUUUUCCAUUAAAUUAUAAUCUGACUGAA